UUUAAACAUUACUUCAGAACAAAAUGUUUGUUACACAAGAUGAAACAAAUAAAUAAAUAGAUAUAAAUACACUGAAUUGUUAUUAAGAUAAUGGUAUCAGAUACCAGCUAUUUGAGUGAGUAUUGGACAGAUAUCCAAUAUCAGAAUCUGUUUAUCUGUAAUUAUUAUUGCUAACAAUACAAGAUCAUCAAUAUCUAUAUGCUUGAUUUAAAACUUGCCCUACAUCAGUCUCGCUGCUCUUGACUAUGUACACCAAUAAAAAGGAUGAAUGUUAAAGAUUGAAACCAAAGUGUUGUAGAUGUUGACCUCUUCCACAUAUUCUCUAUAUACUGAUUUAACAACCUGAGAGGCAACCAGUGUUCAGAUUAUUGAGGGCAGAUUACAGUCUUUUCCAGACAUCUGUCUCUGUCCCUGUGCAGCCCUCCCUCUGUGUGCUGCUAAGCCCAGCAGGCUCCGGCCCGCUAACGACAGAUGGCCCUCCUGUCCUGACUGUCAGGUCUUUGUGACGGGGUGAGGCGCAGAGAGACAGGCUGGACGCAAUAUAAAUAACAAAAAAAGCACUCUUUUAUGAGGCAAAACAGUUUACAAAAAAACAAGGUCCAAAAGGGGCAGGCAGAGGAUCGUCGGUCAGGGCAGGCAGGGUCGAAGCAGGCAGGAUCAGAUACGACAGACUGGACGACGGGAAAAAGACACGGAACGAGACGACAAUCCGACAGCAGACAAGGGAAAGACUGACACAAUAUAUAGGGGGGGAAACAGGUGUACGACAUCAGACAGUAACGAGACAAGAGGGGCUGAGGGCAGGUGCAGGUAAUUAAACAAUUAAGACAGAGAAGACACAGAGGAGACAUAGGAGACACUUUGGUGUCGGACAAAGACAAUAAAUUAGAUUGAUGCAAAGCAGUUUGGGGUCAAACCUGAAAGUAAAACUGCGGUAAUAAACUUAACUCACAGAAUCUUAAUUGAACAUUCAUGGUGAGUGUUUUCGAUGAGAUUGGACUCUUGCUAUAAACACAGCUUACCUAUGUGUGUCUCACAUGUCACUCUGUGUCUUAAGUGUUACGUCAAUGGAGAUUAAGGUAAUAGGCUUUCUGCCUCACAGCCUUUGUCCUGUCCUCACAGGCCUAUUUCACAUGCUCCUGCAGGAAUAUGGACGCCGUUUAUGUCGCAUUACGUAUUGUUUGAGUUUUUCAUCUCAUCACCCCAGGAUCAUCAACGUGUCUGAUCGGCUGUUCCUGCACAGAUGACAACUUGGGAAGGUCUUUACUAUGUAUGGAAACCUCCAUGAGAAAAAUACCAGAGGACAUCCCACAUGAUUUCACAAAAAUCCGGAUUGAAAACUGCCACCUGACUGAGUUACCUGGAGGAUCUUUCUCGAAUGUUAGUGCCUUAGAGUUCCUGUGGCUGAAUUUCAAUGAUAUCACCCUGAUGAACAUCAACAGCCUGGAUGGGCUGGCUAACCUGACUGAGCUCAGGCUGCAAGGCAACAAGCUGACCUCAGUAACAUGGACGGCCUUUCAGGACACACCGAAACUGAAGAUUUUGGACCUGAAGCACAAUCGACUGGACGUUCUCCCCGAACACGCACUGAGACACUUACCUUCACUGACCUACUUAGAUAUAUCCUUCAAUAACCUUUGUGUCAUAUCAAAAGAUGUCUUCACUAAUUGGCCACUUUACCAAAUGGCGGAGAAAGCGUGGGGCAAAGAAGGGCUUGUCUCAAAUGUGAUUCUGGCUCUGCAUGAUAACCCCUGGUUUUGCGACUGCCGCCUCAAAGGCUUUGUUGAGUUCAUCAGGGCGGUCAGCCCUCCCAUCAUUCUCAUGAACUCUUAUUUGACCUGCUCGGGACCCGCCUCCAAAUCCGACAAGUUUUUCCACGAGAUCCCGUUAAAAACAUGCAUGAAGCCGGUGGCCUCUGCCCAAGAGACGAACAUCACUUUACCUUAUGGAGUAAAUGCAACACUCACAUGCUUCGUAAAGGCCAGGCCAGGUCCAACCAUUCAGUGGAUGUACCCUCUGAAGAUUAUAAGAGGAUUUGUUGCUACAGAGACUCACAUAGACGAGGAGACCUUCACCUCUCAGCUGAUGAUUCCCUCUUUUCACCGGGAAGACCGCGGACUCUAUACCUGCAUGGCCAACAACUUCAUUGGCAACUCCUCUGUCAUCCUCACGGUUAAUGUCAACCUCCCGCCAACUGUCUCCAUGUUCUCCUCCGACGAGAAUGUUCACAUUGACAUCCGCAUCUCCAAGCAGACCGUUUACGGUAUCACCCUGGAGUGGUACGCAGUAACAGGCAACCCAGCAGCAACUUGGUUCACCAUCCACUUUGGCAAAUAUGCUUCACCCAAAAAGCAGUUGACCUACAUUGGUCCCGGCAUCAACAGCUACACUGUGAGCGACUUGCUUCCUGUCACCAAAUACGAGGCGUGCGUGACCCUGAGGAAUCAUCCACCGACGAAGGGCCAGUGCAUCGUGUUUGUGACAGGAAGUGACAUCAGUGAGCUGGAGCAAAGAGCGAAGCUCAUCCACAUUAUUGUGAUUGUGUGCGCCAUGGUGCUGGCGGUGCCGGCUGGCAUGUACGCCUGCACCACGGAGGCUCGAUUCAGCUGCGUGGAUCGCUGUGUCCAACUGUGGAGGAAGCGCAGACUGCACAGUGAGAACCUGCAGUGCACGGAGAGGCAAGGCACCUUCGACAGUCUGCAGGCAGCCAGCGACGAAAACCUGUGCAGGGACUCGGAGGAGAAGCCGAAAAAGAGGCGGAAGUCAGAGGAUAGGUGCAAAGGUGGAAAUGCAGCUCAAUUGUACUAGCAUCAAAAUAUGUACAUACAUGUGUAUUUGUAAAUAUUGUCAGUGUGCAUCUUUUGUUUUAUUAUUCCAUUGGAGCCAUAAGGUGAAGCAUUAAGAUUUCUGAAAAUAAAUAAAAAGAGGUCUUCGAAAACUCCAGGGUCAUGUAAGAAACCGUAAUGAUGUUCUGAAGGUAUUUCAAAAAAACCUCAAAACCUCUUUCAGCCAUCUGGAGGAAAAAAAGGGCCAUUUGUGUCAAAAUAAAACAUAUUUUUAUCCUAUUUCCCAACUAGUGACUCUUUUUCGCUCCAAGAACACGGAAUUUAUACAUCAGAAUUUACACAUCUCGCAUGAGAAAGAUAUUAACCGAAUAUUUUCAUUUUGAGGAGUCUGUAAAUACCUUUAAAACAAUGUUAAGUUUUGCUAAAUGACCUUCUAGAGUUUUUACAGAUCAUAAUAAGAAUGUUGUAAAGCUCUGGCUGAAUGUGACGCUAACACGCGAUUGCAAGACACAUGCUGGAGCUAUUAUAGACAUAAAGUCAUCAUGUAAAUAUAUCAGGCUAUAUCAGCUCAAAGUGGAGAUGCCUUUGGUGCUUAUUGUAAGGAGAGUUUGUAUUACCUGUGUAUACAAUGUACAGAAAGAAGUUUGUGAUAAAUAUCCAUUUGAAAGUUCUUUGGUUAUAUAUAUAUUUUUUAAACUAUUUAUAUUUAUUGCAAAACAUCUUAAAUAAAAAACAAUGUUACGAAUUAAUAUUCCUUUAUUGUCAACUUCAGCAAACUAAAUUGUAAGUGUGAUAUAUCGACUUGUGUAAAAUAUGUAUUUUUAUUUUCUUUUUCUUUUUGCAGACUUGUAAUGGAAUGAAAUGAUGUUUGCUGUGGAUUAAAGAGUGAGAGAUGCAUGCUGAGACAUACACAGAUGUUUUAGCACAAUCACUCAGCGGAUUUGUUACAUAAGCAGUGUUUCCCCGUGCAUUUAUACAUACACUCAUAAGCAGAUUAAAGUGAUUUUCUAUCUGAAUCCUACCAGUCAGCAGGACAUUAUAUUUCCAUUUUAUGACAGCUGCAAACUCACUGUGGGCCUCCAUAUCAAUUGGAGGCAAAUAAAGGCUAAUCUUACAUUUAUAAUGAUUAUUUUCAGUUUGUGAGUUAAUAAUGAACAUGUGUUUGAGUGUUCCAUAAAAGUUGUGUGUUGUGAACAUUAUUUCUUUUUUUUUACAAAUAAAUGAAAAGAUUUAACAUUUUUA